CGGCGGCUCGGCGCAGAGCUCGGCAGAGUUCCCAGCACCUGCCAGCUUCCUGCUGAUCAGACCGCAGCGCCUGCCGCCCUGCAGUCGCCGGCCGCUGCGCCUGUCCGAGCGCCACUGCCAGUCCCCGCCAGUUCGGAAUCCCACCGCCAGCGCUCAGAUGGAGCUGGACCACAGGACGAGCGGUGGCCUCCACGCCUAUCCCGGGCCGCGGGGCGCGCCAGCGGCCAAGCCUAAUGUGAUCCUGCAGAUCGGUAAGUGCCGGGCCGAGAUGCUGGAGCACGUGCGGAGGACCCACCGGCACCUACUGGCCGAGGUGUCCAAGCAGGUCGAGCGCGAGCUGAAGGGGCUGCACAGGUCGGUGGGCAAGCUGGAAAACAACCUGGACGGCUAUGUGCCCACGGGCGACUCGCAGCGCUGGAAGAAGUCCAUCAAGGCCUGCCUUUGCCGCUGCCAGGAGACCAUCGCCAACCUGGAACGCUGGGUCAAGCGCGAGAUGCACGUGUGGCGAGAAGUCUUCUACAGGCUGGAGAGGUGGGCGGACCGCCUCGAGUCCAUGGGUGGCAAGUACCCGGUGGGCAGCGAGCCGGCCCGCCACACCGUCUCUGUGGGUGUCGGGGGUCCCGAGAGCUACUGCCACGAAGCUGAUGGCUACGAUUACACCGUCAGCCCCUAUGCCAUCACCCCUCCGCCUGCAGCUGGUGAGCUGCCGGGACAGGAACCAGCUGAGGCCCAGCAGUACCCACCAUGGGAGCCAGGAGAGGACGGGCAGCCAAGCCCUGGAGUGGACACACAGAUCUUCGAGGACCCACGGGAGUUCCUGAGCCACCUGGAGGAGUACCUCCGGCAGGUGGGUGGCUCUGAGGAGUACUGGCUGUCCCAGAUCCAGAACCACAUGAAUGGGCCAGCCAAGAAGUGGUGGGAGUUCAAGCAGGGCUCAGUGAAGAACUGGGUGGAGUUCAAGAAGGAGUUCCUGCAGUACAGUGAGGGCACUCUGUCCCGGGAGGCCAUCCAGCGUGAGCUAGACCUGCCGCAGAAGCAGGGCGAGCCACUGGACCAGUUCCUGUGGCGCAAGCGGGACCUGUACCAGACACUGUAUGUGGACGCUGAGGAGGAGGAGAUUAUCCAGUACGUGGUGGGCACCUUGCAGCCCAAGCUGAAGCGCUUUCUACGACAUCCACUACCCAAGACCCUGGAACAGCUCAUCCAGAGGGGCAUGGAGGUGCAGGAUGACCUGGAGCAGGUGGCCGAGCCAGCCGGGCCCCCACUGCCUGCUGAAGAUGAGGCCGAGGAGGCCCUUACACCUGCCCUUACCAGUGAGUCUGUGGCCAGUGACCGGACUCAGCCUGAGUAGAGGGCAUCCCAGAGCCCCUGGCCUGCCUGCCACAUCCAGCCUGUGGCCUUUGCCAACCAGGACUUGAGCUUUGGCUGACUCACACAGGGGCAGCCCUUGUCUAGCCAGGCCACCUCUAGGCCUCCCGGCCCUGCCCAUACAGACACAUGGCAUCUAGCUGUGUGCAACAUCCCAAACAGCAAAGGAGCCCCUCCCCUGAAGGGCUCCUGCCUGUCACCCUCCCCUCUUGUCUGUCUUCCUGGCCCUGGCCCUGCUUGGGCUGGCAAGUGGCUCCACCCUCCCGACUCUCAGGCCAUCAUAGUCCAUCCUCAGCUUCCUCAUUCUGCUCCAAUGCCUGGGCCCUCUAGACACUCUGAAAACCAAGUGUCCGAAGACAGGGCCCAGUGGGCUCCAAGCCCCUGGGGCACCCAGGGCAGAAGCUAAGGCAGAACCAGUGCCAAAGGAACCUCAACUUUGGAGACGCCACCCCUGGCAGGCACUGCUGAGCCAGCUGACACCCUCCUCGCCUCCAAGAACAGUUGGCCAGCCUUGGGCAGCUUGGCCUUCCUCCCCAGGGAGAGCCAAAUCCACAAAUGCAACAGCAGCAGCAGCAGACCUGACGUCCUGGCCUUGAGCACAGUGAUUCAUGGCAACCUGGAGAAGGAUCAGAACUCAGUUCCAUGACUCACCAGGCAGAGGGUCCCAGAGGGCCUGAAUCGUCAAAUCUGACUGAGGCAGCAGCCAGAACCUUUGGAGCCAGGAGAAUGACAACAGGUCUCAAGGCUGUCUCCAGAACUUUGCUGUUGCAUCUUGCACUGUCCUCUUCCCUCUCUCGAAGCAGCCUGCACAGAAGUCCCAGGACAGCCGAGAGAGGGCAGCUACGGAGAGGAAGCAGCCCGGCAGAGGGCAGCACCCCAGCUCUACCCAAGAGCUGGUGAUGAAGACAGGCCAGCAUGAGGGCCAAGGCCUGCCACUAUGCCUGCCCCGCUGGCCACCAGCUGCCUACCUCCAGAGCCACUGCAGCUGGAGCGGGGGUCUGCUACCCUGGCAUGCCCCCUGCUCGCUGUAUGGCCAUUGCCUGCUGCCAGAGCCUUUCAGGAGCUCUGAGGCCAGGCCCCAGCUGCUACUCCUGCCCAAUGGCUACAAACCCAGCCCCAGGAGAGCCCCAGGCUUCUGUUCCUAGGCAGUCCCAGGCUCUCUGUCCUGCUCUGCUGUUGCCUAGGAUGGACCCCUGUCACUGCCCUAGCACCAGCACCCUGGUGCCGGGAGUCCCUGGUGUCUGCAGCCCGAGGAGGUCCUAGUUGGAGGUUCCUCUUUCUGCCUUGCCCACUGUGUUCCAGAUUCUGGGGACCAGCUCUGCUGGUCCUCCACCCUGUGCCCCUGCCAGCCCCCACAGAUUUUAUUUUUUGCACAUAAGCCAUGACCUUUACUCAUUGGCUGGCACCAGCCACACAGAAGCCCUGAGGCCUGGGAAGACCAUGGGCACCUCAAGAGGGUGUGACUGCCCCCUACCAGACCCGGCCAUGAGUUUCCAGCCAGGAUGUGUACCCCUGCCACUUACCUCGAAGACAGGCUCUUUUUUAUAAGAUUUUGUUAAUAAAACACUGAAACUUC